UCUAGAAGUGCUUUCCUAGUAUUAAAGCAAAGAAGGCCUUUUUCCCUUUUUUCCCGACUAUCCUUCUCAUACCCUCUCUCCUCACCUAUAUAAUUCCCUUUCCCCCCCUCUCUCUCUCCCUCCGUCUGUCUCUCGUUCAUAUAUGCAUAUUUCGUUGCAGGACGAUCCUCGAUCAUGAGCAACGUGCCUAGGUCCUUUUGCGAUUCCUCUUUUACCCUCUUCAAACUCGUAAUUUCCGGCCCUGAUCCUUGGCCCUUUUCUCUAUUCUUGUAACACAAAAGGAAAAAAGAAAAAGAAGAAGAAAUUUAGUGUUGGGAUUUCUUGUUUCCCUCUCUUCUGAUGGGGAGCGGCGACAAGCAUCACUUCCACCUGCAUUUACCGCAUCUCCACCACAGCAAGAAGGAUGUAGUGCGGGACAUACCAAAGGGCUGUCUCGCGAUCAUGGUAGGCCAAGGCGAGGAGCAGCAAAGGUUCGUGGUCCCGAUCAUCUACUUCAACCAUCCGCUCUUCAUGCAACUCCUCAAGGAAGCCGAGGAAGAGUAUGGCUUCGAUCAGAAGGGGCCGAUCACCAUCCCUUGCCACGUGGCGCAGUUUCAAUACGUUCAAGGGAUUAUCGAUAAGGAGAAUAGCCUUCACCACCAGCACCACCAUGUUGGCUGUUUUAGGGCUUGAGCUUACCUGAUAGAUCCUACUUAGGAAAGGAAUUGAAAUGGUGUGCUUUUGUAAAGAUUGGGGGUUUCUUUUUCUUUUUCUUUUUCGUUUUCGGUUCUUGAUACAUGGAGAUGUUGAAGAUGAUGACGAUAAUUGAUAAUAUAUUACUGGGAUUUUUUUUUCUUUUUUA